AUGGAGCAUUCAACUUCAAAUCGAGUUACGGAGCUCGUUUCUCGACCAAAUUCGAUGAUUUUGGUGGCUAUGGAUUUGGGACUCAAUUCUGUACUUAAGGUUGAUAUAGUGAUUAAUUUGGAUGAGAAAUUGAAGGGUUUGAUGGAAUUUUAUGUCUUGAAGGGGGAUGCCCAUGGCCAUGGUGGCCGGACCCUCACCGUGCCGAAGCCCGGUGAGCUGCUGCAGGCAGAGCCCUGUUUGUUUGAUGUUAUAAGCUAUCCAUUGCCGAUUAGAACGUCUCAGCUACAUGCUCUAUCAGAAGAGGAGGAAGCGCCUCCUAUUUAUCAAAAUGAAUUUCAUGUAGAUACUAACACACUAUCGGAGAUAUGUCAGGACAAGUACAUAUCAGACAUUGAAGGAUCUUUUGUUGCUCGCCCACUAGAUACGGGAACUUCCAGGCAUGACAGAGGCUUCCUGCCGCCAGAUGUUUUCCCUAAUCUUGAAGAUUUUGUGAAUUUUACUAUACAACAUCCAGAGUGUAUGAGUGGGGAAGAGAUAAAAUGCCCAUGUUCUAGGACAAAGUGUAGAAAUAAGAAUUUUCGAGAUGUAGAAGUUGUGAAACUACAUGUCUUGCAGUCUGGGUUUGUUCCAAAUUACUAUGUCUGGAUUCACCACGGUGAGGUGAAUGUCCCUCCUGUUGUUCAGCCGCCUAAUGAAUACUAUUACUAUAAUGAGGGAGGGGGAGAUUUAAACUCCGAAGAAGAAAUAUGGCCCGGAAAUAGCAGACACUCACCCCUGUCCGCAUCUAUUGAAAUUUUGGAUAUUAAGUGUCGACAUCAGGGGUCGAUAUCUUUGAUUGAUGACACCUUCCGUUUAUUACAAGUACUGCUACCAGAGAAUAACAAAAUGCCAAAAAAUGUUGCUAAUAUUAAGAAGCUGGUGAAAGGUCUUGGGUUGCCGGGGGCGGACGAGGAUUUAACCCACUGUAAAGUUUGCACAUUUCCUCGGUGGAAACCUGUUACGAAAAGCAAUUCGGCCAAAAGAAGGGCUAACAUUCCGUAUAAAAAAAUGUUUUAUUUCCCUUUAACUCCGAGGCUGCAAAGGUUGUAUGCUUCCAAAGCCACGGCUAAUCAUAUGACAUGGCACACCGAACAUGAAAUGGAAGACGAGAAGAUGUGUCAUCCUUCUGACUCUCCGGCUUGGAAAUGGUUCAGUGGGUUGCAUACAGAUUUUGCAGAUGAAACAAGAAAUAUCAUACUAGGCUUAUGUACUGACGGGUUUCAAGCAUUUGGUUGUUAUGGAACACAAUAUUCUUCCUGGCCAGUCAUUGUGACGCCGUAUAAUCUGCCUCAUGGCAUGCGCAUGAAGGACGAGUUUAUGUUUUUGACAAUACUUGUCCCGGGACCCGGAAAUCCAAAAAACCAUAUGGAUAUUUUCCUACAACCGUUAAUAGCGGAGUUGAAUCAGUUGUGGGAAUCUGGAAUCCGAACGAAGAUUGGCAUGUCCGCAUUGUAUGGAAAAUACCGAGGCAUUCACGUUGCCCGAGAGUGGACUGGAGAUGAAGUGUUAGCAGAGGUAGAUGGUCUAGGGUAUAAGAGGGCUUAUGAGACUAAUGCUAAGGCUACGAAUGUUGAAUUAUCUAAAGGCCGUGGUUGGAAUCGAAAGAGUAUCUUUUGGGAUUUACCGUAUUGGAAGACAAAUGUAAUCCGGCAUAAUCUCGAUGUCAUGCAUAUUGAGAAAAAUGUUUUUGACAACGGUUUCAAUACCGUGCUCAAUGUACCCGGUAAGACGAAAGACACGGCAAAAUCUCGGGCAGAGUUGAAUGGGAUUUGUGAUCGUCCCGGCCUAGCACAAGAUCAAGAAACCGGUAGAUAUCCAAAGGCUUUGUAUGCUUUGGAUCGGGAUUCAAAAAAGAUUUUGCUCGAAUGGAUUCAAAAGUUAAUGUUUCCGGAUGGUUACGUGUCCAACUUGUCAAGGUGUGUUGAUUUAAACAGUUUGAAGAUGAUGGGCAUGAAAAUUCAUGACUGUCAUGUCUUCAUGCAACGACUUUUGCCAAUUGCUCUUCGGGAGCUUCUUCCGCCAGAAGUGUGGGAGCCUUUAACUGAGUUGAGUAUCUUCUUCAGAGAAUUAACUGCCACAUAG